CCGCCCGCCCGCGCCCCGAUGAAUGGGAUCGCCUUCUGCCUGGUCGGGAUCCCGCCGCCCGCCCCCGCGCCGACGCCGGGCCGGAGAGAUGGAGCAUCCCCGAACGCCAACGUGCCCCCGGAGGGGGGGUCCUUCCCCUGGGUGGGCCCCAAGACGGUGGUGCUGCGGAAGAGCUCCCAGGGGGGGUUCGGCUUCACCCUCCGCCACUUCAUCGUGUACCCCCCGGAGUCGGCCGUGCACUCGGCCAAGGAGGAGGAGAAUGGGAACCGAGCAGGUCCCCCCCGGAGCCGCCUGGAGCCCAUGGACACCAUCUUCGUGAAGAACGUGCGGGAGGACGGGCCGGCCCACCAGGCCGGGCUGCGCACGGGUGACCGGCUGGUCAAGGUGAAUGGGGAGAGCAUCAUCGGCAAAACCUACUCGCAGGUCAUCGCGCUGAUCCAGAACAGUGAUGAUGUGCUGGAGCUCUCCAUCAUGCCCAAGGAUGAGGACAUCCUCCAGCUGGCAUAUUCCCAGGACGCCUACCUGAAGGGCAACGAGCCGUACUCCGGCGGGGCGCAGAGCAUCCCCGAACCCCCUCCCAUCUGCUACCCACGGAAGACGUACCCCUUCCAGGCACGGGGUGCUGAGCCCUCCCCGGGCCAGCCACCAGACCCCCGCACCCACCGCCCCUCUGCCACCGGCCCCUCUGCCACGGGCCCCCGGAGCGACGCCGGCGGCAGCCCCGCACACCGCCCCGAGGAUCCACAGCCCGGGGGUCCCCCCCCGCGCCCCCACGGCCACCCCGGCUCCUUCUCCCGCCCCGGCUGCCCCGGCAGCGCCGCAUCCUCCGUGCCCGACCGCUACGGGAUGCCCCCCGCCGCCGCCACCGCCUCCUGCCACGCGGCCCCCAAGCACCUCCCGGAGCACCGGACUCACUGCGGCUUCCAGGAGGCCGUCGGGGGGCUGUCGGGGGCCGGGCGGCCCCCCCGGGACGUGGCCCAGCGCGUGCCCGGGCGCCAGGAGUGCCAGCAGGCUCUGUCGCGCUGGUUCUGCAGCCAGGAGCCGCGGCGCAGCGCCUCGGAGGAGCGCCGGCACGCCCUGCCCCGCUACCGCAGCGUGUCCCAGGACCGCCUGGGGGGCUCGGCGGGCGCGGCCCACCGGGGGUGGCCCCACAGCGCCUCGCACGACACCCUGCUGCAACCCACCCGCGAGGGCUGGGCCCCCCGCGCCCGCUCCGACCACGCCCUGGGCAGGUACGGGCGCUCCAUGGAGGCGCUGGAGCCCCGAGCGCUGCUCCCGCCGCACCUCGACCGCUCCGCGUGGCCGCCCGAGAGGCUCUGCCGGGCCGCCGGGAGCGCCGGGCAGCCCGUCCCGCACGGCUCCUUCGCACCUCCCUCCUCCUCCUCCUCGUCCUCCUCGCGGGAACCGGCGCCACCGGUGCAGAAACACCCGUCGCAGCCCAACCUGCAGAGCGUGGACGACUCGGGGUACAUCGGCUACCGCAGCUACAGCCCGUCCUUCCAGCGCCGCACGGGGCUGCUGCACGCCCUGUCCUUCCGCGACCCGGCCUUCGGGGGGCUGCCCACCUUCAGCAUCGCCCAGCGGGCCGUGGCCCCGCUCACGGACAGCAUGGUCACCCCCCUGCCACCACUGCCCGCCGGCCCCACGCCGGGCCCUGCCGCGCCCCGGGAGCAGCGGUCGGAGGGCGGCCGAGCGGCCGAGCAGCCCGAGGAGCGCAGGGAGGAGGUGGUUCUGCGGCAGAAGCCGCCCACGGGGCGCAAGAUGCCGGUGCCGCUGCGGCAGAUGAACUUUGUCUUCCCCGAGGGGGUGAAGGAGACGGACAUUUGCGAGCCCUCCGCCCCCGGGGGCAAAGGGGAGAGGCCGGUGGCCGAGCGGCCGGGCCGGCGCAUGGCUCCCUUGGCAGCCCCCGAGGACUCCCUGGCAUCCAUCCCCUUCAUUGACGAACCCACCAGCCCCAGCAUCGACCUGAAGGCCAAACACAUCCCAGCCUCCUCGGUGGUCUCCAGCGCCAUGAACUCGGCGCCCGCCGUCGCCACCAGCCCCUCGUCACCCACCUUCGCCUUUGCCCUGUCCCGGCACUAUUCCCAGGACUGCAGCAGCAUCAAGGCCGGCCGCCGCUCGUCCUACCUGCUGGCCAUCACCACCGAGCGCUCCAAGUCCUGUGACGACGGUCUGAACGCAUUUCGGGACGAGGCCAAGAUCCUAAGGAGGAUGCCCAGCCGGGUCCCCAGCCUCCGCAUGCUCAGGAGCUUCUUCACCGACGGGUCCCUGGACAGCCUCGGCACGUCCGAAGACGCCCGUUCCAAAAGGCACUCGACCUCCGACCUCUCGGACGUCCCGUUCAGCGCCGUGAGGAAGGAGGGCUGGCUCCACUGCAAGCAGAUCCUCACCAAAAAGGGGAAGAAGGUCGGUGGAGGUAUCCGGCAGUGGAAGCGCGUGUUCGCCGUGCUGCGCACCCACUCGCUGUACCUGUGCAAGGACAGGCGGGAGGCGGUGACCUGCGCCCCGGCCCCAGGUGAGGAGGAGCCGCCGAUCAGCAUCCAAGCGUGCCUGGUGGACAUCUCCUACAGCGAGACCAAGAGGAAGCACGUCUUCCGCCUGACGACCGCUGACUUCUGUGAAUAUCUCUUUCAGGCAGAGGAUCGGGAAGACAUGCUGGCCUGGAUCAAAGUCAUCAGGGAGAACAGCAAGGCUGAGGGCGAGGACCCCGGUUUUGCCAGCCAAGCACUUAUCAACAAGAAGUUAAACGACUACCGGAAAGUGAGCCCCGCGGGCACCAAGCCCGACUCCUCCUCACCCAAGGGCCCUCGUGGGCUGGGGAUCCGAGCAGAGUUCCUGAAGCAGACGGGAACCAGCGCGCCCCGGUCCCCCCGGCAGGAUGCGGCCGUCACAAAAGAUGAGAGCAGCUCCCAGAAAGCCCCGUGGGGCAUCAACAUCAUGAAGAAGAACAAGAAGUCUGCCCCGCGCGCCUUCGGCGUGAGGCUGGAGGAGUGCCAGCCUGCCCCGGACAACAAGAACGUGCCCCUGAUCGUGGAAGCCUGCUGCAAGGUGGUGGAGGACCGGGGGCUGGAGUACAUGGGGAUCUACCGCGUGCCCGGGAACAACGCGGUGGUGUCCAGCCUGCAGGAGCAGCUCAACAAGGGAGCCACCGAGAUCAACCUGCAGGACGAGCGGUGGCAGGACCUGAAUGUCAUCAGCAGCCUGUUGAAAUCCUUCUUCCGGAAGCUUCCCGAGCCCCUGUUCACGGAUGAUAAAUACAACGACUUUAUUGAAGCCAACCGGAUAGAAGAUGCCAGCGAGAGGAUGAGGACGCUGCGGAAACUGAUCCGGGACCUGCCAGGUCACUACUACGAGACGCUCAAGUUCCUGGUGGGUCACCUGAAAACCAUCGCUGACCACUCGGAGAAGAACAAGAUGGAGCCCCGAAACCUGGCGCUGGUGUUCGGCCCCACGCUGGUCCGGACGUCCGAGGACAACAUGACGGACAUGGUGACGCACAUGCCCGACCGCUACAAGAUCGUGGAGACCCUCAUCCAGCACUCAGACUGGUUCUUCAGUGACAAGGAGGACAAGGGCGAGAAGACCCCCGUGGAUGAGAAGGAGGCUCAGUCCGUGCCCAACAUCGAGUACCUGCUCCCCAACAUCGGCAGGACGGCGGCGCCCAGCGAUGCCGCAGGCUCGACCCGCAGCGGCUCCGCCAAACCGAAGGGCACGUGGCCGUCCCGAAAGGCGCCGCCGCACCGGGAGCUCCUCGGCAUCCCCUUCGUCUCGGCCGCCGCCCGCAAGAGGAAGAAGAGGAGAGAGGCCGAGGGCGUCGGCAGCAGCACCGACGACGACGCGGAGCGCAGGGACACGCCGGGCCGGGACCAGGAGCGCCAGGGGACCGCGGCCACCCCGCCGGGACCCGGCAAAGCCCCCCGCGGGACCGGCACCGAGCCGGCCGCCCCCGGCCCGACCAGGGGGGAACAGGAGAGCUCCACGGAUCCCGCGGCGGGAUCCGGCUCCGAGCCGGCGCCGGACGCCCGCUCCAUCGUGUCCGGUUACUCCACGCUGUCCACCAUGGACCGCAGCCUGUGCUCCGAGGUGCAGUCGGUGGCCGGGAGCCGCGGGGAGGAGGCGGAUGAUGAGCGGAGCGAGCUCAGCCACAUGGAGACGGACACGGAGAGCCGGGAGGGCACCCGAGCCCGGCCGGGGCAGGCCGGGGGGGCCGGUGGUGAUGAGGACAAGGGUCCCCUGGGCCGCCCCUCCUUCAACUCCCACCGCCUGAUCCAGUGUGACACGCUGGCCCGCAGGAAGCUGGGCCGGCCGCGGCCUACCGGGGACCCCCCCGAGCCCGCCGGGGAGGAGCAGGGUUGGGCCCCCCCUGGGCGACCCUCGCUGCGGGAGCAGCUCCGGCAGCACCUGCGGGGCUCCACCGACGACAUGGGGGUCCUGGGGGUCCGGCUGCGCCGAGCCCACUCCCCCGAGACCCGCCGCAAGAAGAGCAGCUGGCGCCGGCACACGGUGGUGGUGCCCGGCGGCCUCAAAGACCUCAACUUCAACGAGUGGAAGGAGCCGCGGGGGCUGGAGGGCUCCCCGGGCCCCUGCCACGACAAGGACUCGGGGCUCAGCAGCCUGGAGUCCACCAAAGCCCGGCCCCCGGCCCCCACCCCGGCACAGCCUGGCACCGCCAGAGAGGGGACGGGCACCAAGAGCCCCCCGGGCAGCCCCGGCCCCCCGGCCCCCCUGCGCUUCCCCCAGUGUCUCUGACCCCCCCGACCCCCCCAGCCAGUGUUUAAUUUAAGGACUCGCCCUUGUUCUCGUAUUUAAUUGCGCUCUGGACGAGCUGCUGGUGUUUAACAGGCCCCGUGUGGGGGUGGGACCAAAAGCCACCUCGUCCCCUGGGCUUUGAGGGGGGGUCCCACGGAGGUCCCAUCCCAUGGUCCCGCUGUGGUCCCAUUGCACGGCCCCCCAGCCCCCCGGGCAGUGCCAGGAGGGGUGUGGGGGCUCACGGGGACUGUCCCCACCGCGGGCAGUGGUGGCCCUGCUGUCCCAGCUGUGGGCAAUGUGAAGUGCGGGCACUUCCCUGGGCACUGCGGCCACUCUGCCAGGGACUCCCCUGUGCUGGGGACCCUGGGGAACCCUGGGGGACCCUGGUGUCACAGACCCCUGUGCUGGGGACCCUGAAGGACCCUGGUGCCAGAGACCCCUGUGCUGGGGACCCUGAAUGACCCUGGUGUCACAGACCCCUGUGCUGGGGACCCUGGGGACCUCAGUAUUAGAGACCUUCCCUACUCUGAGGACUCUGGGGAUGUUGGUGACAAAGACCCCCAGCUCUGGGGACUUUGGGGACCUCAGGGACAAAGAACUUCCCUGCACUGGGGACACUGGUGACCUUGGUGACAGAGACCCCUGUACCAGG